AUGGUCUACCUUUCUUCACUUGCAUGCAUUGCCGAUAUGCAGAUCAUAGUAAUUCUUGCAUAUAUUGUUCAUUUUGAACAUCAUUUGGUCCAUGUAAUUUCGUACAAUGCAUCAUUUAGCAAGUACGAGAUAACCGAGAUUAAAAAACGUUUAUGGAAUGGGUCGAUCAACAUCAGAAUAUAUCUCGACAUAAAUGGACAAAGAGUUGAAUACUUGGUUCAAGCGUUUCGAAAUUCGUACCUACCUAUGCUUUAUCCACCACUAAUAUCGUAUCUUCAAAACUUCUGCAAUGAAAGAAUACAGGGCCCUAUCUGGUUAGAGUUUGAAAAUGUCCCAUUAAGAUGGAACAUCCCGAUUGGAGUGCUUUUUGAUUACUUGUAUCUUCCCGCACACGCGAGUGAUCGAGAUCAUUGCUGGAAAUUGAAUCUACGAAUUAAUGAAAACUAUCCCGUCGAAUAUGUCAUGCCAUUCACGCACCACGAUAAGGAAUCCAUAAACUAUACCAAGUGUCUAAAUGAGGUAUUGAAAAACCAAUUAAAGCAAUCGAUUUUUGUCGUCAAUGGAUCAGCCAAAGCCAUCAUGCAAAUGAGCGAACAAGAUUCAGAAAGCUACUUAUUUUCCAUCGUAUCUAGAAACUUGAAUCCAUACAACAAUUACAAUAACAAACUCAUCAAGUCAGUAAAGGGCAUACCUAUUAAGAUACUUUUACCAGGAAGUGAUUCCAUGAGUCAGGUUCCAGCGCGUCCAACCCAAACCUUGACUGAAUUGAUGCAGGAAACAAUGCAUGACUUAUUUGGCAAACUUUUAAAUACCCAGAUAACGUUUUGUAUAUAG